UAUAGUUGUGUUUUGGUGGAACAUAGUAUGCUAUAAAGUGAUUUAGUGGAAAGUGUCUUAAAAUAGUUACAAUCGGAAAAAAGCAUAUAUUAUAGUGUGAUGUAGCAAUUGAGAUUAAGAGAAGAAAACACAUGCGUUCGAAUACAUGCUAACAGUAUCUGGCAUGCUGUUAGCGCUAGUCUUCAUCUUCAUCGAGCAACCGAGAAUAAACGAGACCGAGGGGAUAUAUCAUCCUCGCUAGCGUCGGAAUAAUGAAAAUAAGGGUUCCUUUUGUACCUUUUUGGUACGGAACUACGGAACCCUGAAAAGGAAGACAGAAAACAUCCCAAAACAAACUAUACGCCAGAAUUAAGAAACCUUACCCAUGUACAGUGUACAGAGUAGCGUUAACCGUUACUAUAGUUUCAGCAUGCAUAAGUCCACAUUAAACUCCAUUCUGCCUCGUUUGAAGAAGUUAUUUUUUCUAGGCAUGAUGCUUGGGUGCGGUUCCGUUGUGUUAUUAGUACUAAACACAGACCAGAGGUUUUAUAUGGAGUACAACAGCUGGGAUUACUUGAAACGACAGUAUGCUGUACCAUACAAAUCUGACAAUUCAAGUACUAUACGGACUGAAGGCUGCCGUAUACCAUUUAUGCAAGCAGAUGAAAAGUCAAUAAGAAAAAUGGCAAAAGAUAUACACGAAAUGCGGCCAUGCGUGUCUCACCCUUUAUUGAAUUCAAAUAGUACUCAUGUUUGGAUUGUGAAAGAAAAUUUGGUUUAUUACAAUUUAAGUACUUCCAGUAAUCUAACAUGUUGCUACAAAUCCUUUUAUCGUCCGAUAUCAAUAGAUGACAUCACAGCUUCCGAUAUUGAUGACCGAGUCAAAUAUAAUAGUUGUCGUAACUUUUCAGAUAUUAUCGAUGUAAACGACGAGUUUGUUAGAGUUGUUUGUAAUGAGACAAAAAUACUUUUCGACACUUUUUAUGUAUUUGCUCGUGAAGAAAAUAUAGUAGCGACAUCUCAGAAACAUUUACCCUAUAACGUUUUGAUCUUGGGUAUAGACGCAGUUUCUAGGAUUAACCUUCAUAGGACUAUGCCUAAAACCGUAAAUUUUUUGAAGAAGUUGGGCAGUGUGGAAUUUUUAGGAUAUAAUAAAGUUGGAGAUAAUACCUUUCCCAAUUUAAUACCUCUAUUGCUGGGAAAAGAAGAUACGGAAUUAGAAGACACAUGUUGGCCAAACAGCAAGUCAACUUUCGACAAUUGUCCUUUUAUAUGGGAACGAUACCAGAACGCCGGCUUUGUUACGGCGUUGGCCGAAGACACCUCCUGGUUGGGCACUUUUAACUAUGCCAAUAAGCGCGGCUUCGCGAGCUCUCCAACAAACUAUUAUCUUCACACUUUUAUUCAUGAAGCGGAGCGUAUUGCAGGCACCAAUAAAGACGGUAACUCGAAAUUAUGCAUGAACGAAAAAUUCUUCUACAACAUUCUUGUAGACUAUGUAAAGGACUUGACGACAAUAUUGAAAAGUAAACUAUUUGGCUUUUUUUGGGAAACAACCAUGAGUCACGAUAGAUUAAACUAUCCGAUUAUGAUGGACGACAGUUACAACGACCUUUUCAGAAAAAUGUAUAUGUCAGGUUACUUGAACCAAACAAUUGUCUUCUUAAUGAGCGACCACGGAAUGAGGUGGGGAACAUUUCGCUCAACAAAACAGGGAUUUUUAGAAGAUCGGUUACCAUUUGUAAUCGCCUUAAUGCCCCCAUCGUUUCGAUAUAAUUAUACCCAGGCAUAUAACAAUCUACAAAUAAAUAGCCAUCGUUUGACCACGCCAUUCGACAUGCACGCCACAUUAACAGAUUUGAUCAAUUUAGAAAAUAUCGAUAACGCUAAAAUCAUUUCUAGAAGGUACGAUACCUACGCCACUAAACGAGGCAUCAGUUUGUUUUUGCCUAUCCCAGGGAACAGGACUUGUCAAUCGGCUGCCAUAGACGACCAUUGGUGCACGUGUUAUCGAUAUACUAAGAUAAAAUCCAACAGUCGUGUAGCUAAGGAGGCUGUUAAGCAAGUUGAAUCUCAUAUAAACGGUCUCCUUAAAGACUAUCAUCAGUGUGCACAGCUCACUAUUUUGGAAGUGUUAGAGGUGACUCGACUGUUACCCGGCAGCUUCAGAGAAAGCAAAAAAGAUUUUAUUCAGUUGACUGUGGUGGUCCGUACGAAUCCUGGAGGGGGCGAGUUUGAAGCCACUAUAGGCCGUGAAGGUGGUCGUGGUGGCAAGUGGACUGUCGCAGGUUCUGUAAGCAGGCUGAACCUCUACGGAAAUCAAAGUUAUUGUGUUCCAACUUCAGAGCUGAAACUUUACUGUUAUUGUGUUAAUUCAACGCUGUCUACCACGAACCGUGCAGAUUUUAUAAACUAGAGAAAAAAAAUGU